AUGGCCAGAUCGAUCGCUUUCUUCUUUGGUGAGUGUGUGACAUCCGACGAGUCGGAAAUUGAAAAGAAGACACUUUAAUGAAAUUGAAAUCUUUGCAGCCUUGCUGGCCGUCGCCUCGGCCGAGCACUUCUACGUGACCAACAAUGAAACCGGAGUCACUUGUCUCAUACUCGACGGAGACUUCCAGUUCAACCUGAUCUUCAACGACGAAACGAACACCACCCACAAGUACACGGCCACCCUCAACAACACGGUUGAGGUCGAUGGAAACUGCCAGGAAGUCAUCAACAACCAAUCCGUCCAGACUUUGAACGUUAGUUUCUCAGUCUCAGUAUGUGGGAGCGAGAAACAAUGGUAACCUGUUACAGAUCAAGUUCAACCCGGAGGGACAGUCGGCCCGUUACUCCAAGGAAUGGGAGCUCAACAUCGUGUUCGGAACGUCGACCAACGAGGCCUUCAAGAUCGUCAACUACACUCUCCAGACUCAGAAAACUGACCUCAUCCCAUUCUUCGCCAAGUUCGAGAUGGACGAGAAGGCCCCAGGAGACGUCACCGCCACCGAGACCAACGCCUACAAGGUACAGUUUUCAAAAAGCAAUCCGCGGGCCAACGGAAUAUUCUCUUGUUUUCAGUGCUCCACUGCCAAGCUCGGACUCGUCGGAGGAUCGACCGUUGACAUCAAGGCGGCCAACGUGAUUGCCUUCGCCCACCUCAACGGAACCGCCUUCCCGACCAACCAGGUCUACGAGGUGUGCUACUUGGACGCCCGCACCAGCGACGUCGUGCCGAUCGUCGUUGGCGCCUGCCUCGCCGCCCUCGUCAUCGUCGUCCUCGUCGGAUACCUGAUCGGACGUGCUCGCGCCAAGAGACAGGGAUACGCCAGCGUCUAA